AUGCGUACUGCCUUGAGCGCACUCGCGGUAUUCCUCACCCUGGCCAGCUCUGCCACGGCGGCCCCUGUCGCAGCUCCAUCCGAAGUUGAGGAGCGUGAUACAUCUGCCGUGCUGAACACACGGUUCAUCACAUACGAAGACUCCAUCAGCAAGAGAGAUGAAGUCGAGGAACGCGAUGCCUCCGCUGUCCUAAACACGCGAUUCAUCACCUACGAGGAUGCCAUUAACAAGAGAGAUGAAGUCGAGGAGCGUGACGCCUCCGCUGUGCUGAACACGCGAUUCAUCACCUACGAAGACUCCAUCAACAAGAGAGAUGAGGUUGAGGAACGUGAUCCCUCUGCUGUGCUGAACAGUCGGUUUAUCACGUACGAGGAUACCGAAAUGAUGUUGUAUUAUGAGGGCCAUGGUAUUACUAGUACGGCCAAGGCGAUCAUCAUUGUGACCACAAAUCUAGGCGUCCUGGCUAUCUUUGCCGUUGCACUUCGCGUCUACGCCCGGAUAUAUUCCAAGCUCUACUUGGGUGCCGAUGACUGGACGAUUAUCCUCGCCCUGAUUCUUUCUUGCGGUAUUAGCAUUAUCAUCGACUAUACAGAUGCUGUUACCGGCAUUGGAGACCCGGAGUAUCAGCCAACCAUGGAGGCUAUCAUAUUCGCAUUGAAGAUAAACUUCGCUUGCGAAAAUGCUCAAAUCGCCACUAUGGGGGUCAUCAAAGUCUCUUUGCUCUUCUUCUACCGGCGCAUCUUCGGCAUUUCCCGUCCGUUUGUCAUAGCGAGCAAUGUGCUCAUUGCGCUGAUCUCCAGCUUCACCUUGGCGAUUGUACUGGCUGUUAUCUUCUCAAAAUGGCCGGUCUACCUGCAAUGGGAUCCCACCGCCCCCUACGAUAUCAACGCCUCGGCGAUUCUUAUCUGCUACGUUGCCGGGAAUAGCUUGUUUGAUCUUCUGACACUGGCUCUUCCAAUUGCCGCCGUACAGAAAUUGCAGAUGGAUCAGUCAAAGAAGCUGUUUAUGUCUGUGAUCUUUGUCUUGGGAAGCACCUGCAUGGCGGCAUCAUUGGUUCGACUGUACUACGCCGUUCAGUGGACUAAGGAGCCCGCGACUAUCAGUAGCAUGUUUGAGGUACCCUUCAUUUACAAUAUCCUCUGGGCGCUUCUCGAGCCACCCAUUUUCAUUGUCGUGGGCUCUAUGCUUACCCUGGGACCUCUGCUCCGUAACUGGCGAGGACCCAAGCAAUGGAUUCGGCUGCUCAGCAGCAAGAAGGAGGGAUCGACGAAGUUCCACGAUUCGCACAGCCUUCCCCAGUCACAUAUGCAGUCGGGUAACUCUCAUCAGCGUGGGCCUGAGAAGAAAUUGACUCCAAGUACCUCAAGCGAGGUGGAACUCUUGGAGGUAUGA